CUGUCAGUGGAAAAAGUGAUUAACGUUUUGUUGUUUUCGCAAUUUUGCAUUGUUGUUCGUCGCGUUCGAAAUUAUUUUCUAGCCAGAUACCAAAAUAAUUUUGGUACAAUUUGCGAAAGUUUAACAAGUAAAAAUCUUUCGGGCAUUCAUCCGUGCAAGCCGCGCAACGAUUGCUGCCGCCAUGUCCUCGAGCGAUGGACCAUCGUCGUCGCAGGGGAUACACUUUCUCGAUCUUCCGGACUGUAUGAUUGAGCAAGUGUUCGAGUACCUCAGCUACGACGAAAUUGCAAAGAAGCGAAUUGUUUGCCGGAAGAUCGACCGUGUCUGCCAGUCGCUGUUGAACCGAGGCUUCAUGAAGAUGAUCAAGAGGCAUAAUGCCAAUCUGAAGGCCAUCAAGUCGCAACUUCCGCGGCGGGAAUCCGAGCGUAGGAACCAUCCAUUGGCUAAGCAUUCGGACAUUCUGACAUGCAUUGAGACGCGAAUUUCUAUGCUUUCAAUGACAUACUCGAAGUAUAUUGAUAAGGACCUGUGCUGUUUCAUCCCGGGAAAAGUGAUUGAUGAAGUGUUCAACAUCCUUAAAUUGAUUGAGAGCACAUCGAAGCCCUUGAGGGCCCAUGAGGUUCUGCAGGAAUUGCGGGACAUUUCAUCGAUGGCAAUUGAACACUUUGACGAGAACAUUGCCCACAGGCUGAAGCGCAUAAUGGGAGUGCACCAUCCGAGCGGAAGUCAUCUGCCUUUCUCGACUCCAGGGUUCAUCCAAAACGAGGUCGUACUACCCUGUGAUGUGAAUGGAGAGAAACUGAUUCUCCCCACACUGACUCCGAUUUCACCCCAUAAAGCUUCCCCACAGCAGCUUUACUGUCACCAAAGUUCCUCUUCGGCUUGCAGUGCGAGUCGUAUUAACAACGCGUCGAUCGCCAGGAUCACCAACAAGUCCCGGAAGAUGCGAUUGACCAUCAACAAACUGGUAGCGGCCAUGCAAAGUUCGAAAAAUCUCAUGAAACAAAUGCGGUCGCAAAUUAUGCGCAAUUGUGCCGAAAUCAAAGAUCUCCGCAGGCGGCUGGAAGAAUCCGAAACCAAAAAUCGCGAACUGCUAGCGAACAUAAACCAGCUGGCGUUCGGUGUUCCGUCUAGUGCGGAACUGGGAUCCGGUGCAGCCUCCGAAGCGACACCCAAAGCCAGCAGUCGGGCGGCCAUGGUCAGCCGCAACAUAAAGCCCCGGUCGGCUACCAUCAUAUUGAAACGGGUUCUGGCCAACACGGAAAGUCUCGGAGUUUCGUCGUCCAUGGUUCCAUCGCCGGAUUACGACGAGCAAAUGCCGGGAAGCUCCAAGCGUACCAAAUAUAGCCAAGAUUAACACAAAAUGAUGUGCAAAAAUUUGCUCUCUCUUCGAGCGCUAUCAUUGUCGAUGAAUUUGAGAUACUUAACACAUAGGGAACUCAUUUUGUUUUUCGUUGUGCCGUUUCCAGUUGUGUUUGAAAGCUGCUCUCAAACCACUUUCCCCUGGUAUACAAUUGUUUGUCGUGUGAGAG